AUGAGCUCGACUCGAGGCCGGAUUCUCAGUGUAGAUGAGCUCCCACGCUACGUCACGCCGUACAUGACAAUCCUGCUUCAAGCCGAGCGGAUACCGAUCCUGCACAACAUGCUCGCGGCAUUCUUCACCUGGAUCCUUCUUGCGGGAUAUCUGGUAUUUCCUGGCACGUUCACCUCGAUGCGCGCAUCAUCCGCUUUGCAGCCAGGGGCCGAUAAAAGUGUACCGACGAACAUGGUUGCCCACGUUGUGCAGAACACUCCACUUCUCUGGAUAGCUGCUAUUUGCUGCCUCGUCGGCGCGUGUGGGAUGUUCUGGCUAUGGAAGAUAUGGAAGGACGUAUUGACAUGGGUUAUCAAUCGGCUGAUUAUGCCGAGUUUUUUGAAUGCUCUCAUCGGUAUGAUCAAUACGAUCAUUGCUGUCUACACCGGGAAAGGCGGGCACUGGUCGGUGCCGGCAAUCGUGACAGCUAGUUUAACCGCUUCUUCGACCGCUGUAAUGCUCGUAUUGUUCCUGCGCAAUUUCUUAUAUUUACGCAAAGUCCAGAACGAUCACGAUGCCACAGUCAGCGCAGGGUGCAAAAUUCCGAGUGUAGCGGUUGAUGAUGAACACGAGCUGGCGGGAAACCAGGGACCAGAUUCCGGAGGUCUUUGCGGACGCUUCGGGGCCGCGGGCUCCGCGCCAACGCCCUCACGUGCAUCUGAUCGCCGCGAUCCAUACUGGCCGAGCGAAGAGGAGCUGCUGCAAAGCUUGAAGGAGAGAUAUCCACAUAAGAAAUGGAAGGACGUCCUGGUCAAUUUCAACGAGCGAGUGCCAUCCCAUCGUGAGAGAAUAGUUGAAGGCAUCAAAGGCAAAUGGAAAGAUAUGAAAGGUGCAGAGGAAAAGCAACAGGCCGACCUCCAUAAUCUACAGCAAGGACAUUGUGUCUCAAAGCUGGAUUCCUGGGAGGAAUCCACUAUCAGUUGUGCUUGCGGAGAUUUGGAACUCACAUGUUACAUGAUGCGCAUGAGAGACGCUUGGAAAGCCUUUCUUGAGAAGGAUGAAAAACUGAAAUCCUGCACUGAUACUGCCACAGUCUGCAUGGUGGAGACUCUUGUACUGAAAAGCUCCAGUGAUGACCGCAUGAAGAUAGAAGCUUUGAUUAACAAAGAAGAGAUCUUCUCACAGGUGACUCAUCAUGAUGACCGGAGAGUUCUUCUGAACAGCUUAUCUGACAUCCCAGGGAGAAUACUGAGUUUCCACACUUUGAGUUAUGAUGGGCGAGUCCUCAAAUCUUGUUCAGCAAUACUUCGGGAGCUGUUGCCCUCCUUUACGCGAGGAAGCCGGAGCACAAUAAGAAGAGAAUUCUUCAAAGCAAGUCAAACGCGGAAAAGAACUACUCACUUGGAAGAAAAUAUGUCCCCUGCGCUAGAUGAGACCACCAAGGCCAGGUGCUACUGCCACCUGCAUCUUUACACCAUACGGUAUGAUGUGGCUCCCAGAAAGCCUAAGGGGAGGCGUUUAACCCAUUGCCUUCAUCAAUCAUGGUGGAGCAAACUUGCCCAUCAAGUGACUUAUCUGGGUUUCAGCACUCCACAGAUCCACGCUCUGUGCAUGACAACAGGGCGUAAUCUUACGUGGCUUGGAAUCCUACAUGACAUCUUCAUCUGCUUCUUUGGAGACUUGGGGUUAUUUGAGCAGCUGGAUUACGCUCUUGGCACACCUUAUGCUAAUAUUACUGGAACCGCGGGAAGGGCAAUUCUUGCACCAAGUUCAGUGUACACUGCAGCCCCAGAAACGGACAGCGAGGUGAUGGAUCUCAUUGACACAUACAGCCUAGCGGAAAACGAGUUUGCUCCUGGUUUUGAAACUUCAAAGGACAUAUCAAUGGAAGUGUUUCACCCUAUCCCAGAAUAG